GGUGACAUUUUUUGUUAUAUGCAGUAUGUGAGAAACAAGAUGCCAUCCAUUGUGUAUUGUUCAUAAACAGUGGAUGACAAUACUUGGUUUUAUUUAUUUGGUUUCAUUAAACCAACAAAGCCACAUUGUCAGUGAUAUAAUACAUACUAUGGCUUUCAUAUGAUAUUGCUAUGUGAAAUAAAAUCAGGAUAAUUACAUUUUAGCUCAAAGUUUUUAUGAACUAUAAUCCUGGUGUUGUGAUGUUUGUUUAGCUGUUAUAAAUACCCAUGUUAUCAUCUGCAUAUGUGCAAAAUGUACAUGUUCAUGUUAAUUAUUAAAAAUUUAUCGAAGGCACUAAAAAUAGGUCAAUAGAAAAUAUAUUUUUAAAUCAGAGCUGUAAACAAACAUUACAAUGGCCAUGGCAGCGGCAGAAACAUCAUUUUCUAUCAAUGGAACAUGUUCAGUUGAAGAACAAACUCACAAUAUUGAUCAUUCAUCUGAUCUUCUUAAAUUUGCCAAUGAAUCACGACAAGAUGGUUGUUUUAAUGACAUCAUCAUUCGUGUUGGAGAGAAAAACAUCCCAGCAAACAAGAUGGUUCUUUCUUGUUAUUCGAAAUAUUUCAACACCAUGUUUAACACUGAGAUGGAAGAAAAAUAUAAAGAUGUUGUUGAAGUUCAUGGUGUAGAUGGGGAAAGUGUGGAGAAACUUGUUGAUUUCAUGUACACAGGAAAAAUCAACAUCAACACCAACAAUGUGUGCGACCUUCUUGCAGUUUCUGAUUUCCUUCAAAUGCCUUCUGUCAGGAAACUUUGCAUUGAAUAUUUGUUGACAACAGUCUCGCCACAAAAUUGCUUCACAAUUCAAGCUUUGGCGGACCGUUUCACGAUUCCUAAGUUAACUGAGAAAUUCAACAACUUUGUUGUUGAAAAUUAUCAACAAGUUGUUUCUGAUGAACAUUUCAAGAAACUUUCAAAAGAUGAUGUCACCAAGUUACUACAGUCAACACAUGGCAAGGUUCCUUCAGAUUUGGUUUACACUGCUGUUAUAAACUGGGUAAAAUUUGAAUUGGCUUCAAAUGAAAGUCAUUUGAGCGAAGUCAUUAAAUUUGUUGAUUUUCAUGAAAUGUCUCCAGAGAUGCUUGAAGAUGUAGUCUCUGUUGAGCCUCUCAUUAAAAAGCACGGUGAUUUGGGUUAUUCAUUAUUUGAUGCUUUGGUGCACCAUUCAAAGAAAACAGACAAAUCUCUCAUAUCAUUUGGUGGAGCAAAAACUCCAACCAAAGUAAAAAAGUUUGAUUUACAAACGAAACAAUGGAGUCAACUUCCGGAUUUACCAGUUGGUCGUGAUGACGCGGCAGCCGUUGUCAUCGAUGAUGUUCUGUAUUAUCUUGCAGGAGAUUUACGAACUCAUGAUAAAAUUACGGCAACUAACAUUGUUCAUCGAAUGAAAUUAAAGGAAAAGGUUUUAAAAUGGGAGAAGUUAGCUUCAAUGAAUGUUAAGAGAUGGGGAUUGAGUGCUGCUGUUUUAAAUGGUACCAUCUUUGUAUUUGGUGGAUCUGAUGUUAAUUACGGAAGUCUGUCAUCUGGAGAAUCUUAUGUUGUUUCACUUAACAAGUGGAUUAAACUUAAACCAAUGAAGAUUGCCAGACAAGGCCAUUCUAUGGUUGCUCACAAUGGUUAUUUAUAUUCACUUGGUGGAUAUGAGUCAGGGUAUCUAUGUUCAAUGGAACGAUAUGAUCCAUUCUUAGAUGAGUGGAAUGAUGUUGCUCCAAUGCAAACACCACGAUAUGGGUUUGCUGCUGUGGUGCUUAACAAUGCUAUUUAUGCUAUUGGUAAUUAUUUUUAAUUACUGAUAUAUUAUUUUUGUUUAACAAUUUUUAUCAUU